UUUUUCCGAUAAUGUAGGUAAUUUUCUUACCGACACCGGUUGUCGGAAAAAUGGCGAAUGAAGUGCAGUUGGCCCAAACGGCUUUGCCGGAGGGAGAUACAAUUUUUGGGAAAAUAUUACGUAAAGAAAUCCCUUGCAAUUUUAUUUACGAAGACAACUUGUGCGUUGCAUUUGACGACAUAAACCCGCAAGCCCCCGUCCAUUUCUUGGUGAUUCCGCGCAAGCCUAUCCCUCAGCUGUCCAAGGCUGAAGACAACGAUGGACCUCUUCUAGGACACUUGCUAAUCGUCGCUCGGAAAAUCGCCCAAAAACGGAAUUUGAAAAAUGGUUUUCGUAUUGUGAUCAAUGACGGCCCAAUUGGGGCCCAGUCUGUGUAUCAUAUUCACGUGCACGUUUUGUCCGGCAGACAGCUCCAAUGGCCCCCUGGCUAACUCUCAGUGGCUUUAAUUCAGUUUUAAUUAGCUUGUAAUUUACAUGUAUGUGCUGGUUUUGUGUUUGGGAGAAAUAAAACCAAGACUUAGUAAAUUAA